AUGGGUGACGCUAUCAAGCGACUCUUCCACAGGCGCAAUUGGAGCACCGACAAGGAGUCCCACCUUCAGUCCCUCUCCUACCGCGAUGCCACCCCCGGCACUCCACCACGUCGAGGAAGCCUGCCAUUGCGAGGAGACGUGGUGUUGACUGCUAACCGCCCCCACAACACUCCUGUCUACAGCGCAAGCCCAACAAGAAUCUGCCGGCCUGCAUCGCUUGGCUCAAGCCAUCGGGGCCGCGUGCAUCGGAAUCGAUUGAGGAGGGCUAUGUCGGAUGCCUCGCGCAGAGGCCGUGCCGAGAAUCUCUGGAAAACAGAAAACGGAGACGUGCGGAACUCGGAGGAGAUGUCGCCCCCUCCUCUGCCUGGUACUGCUGUCUCGAGUGACCAUGCUAGAUGUGGGAAUGCUCGUCUCGCUGCGAGGCAAUCAUCUGCCGGAAGUGAGAGUUAUUACGACGAGGAUGUGGCCGAAUCCUUUCCCAAUCCUCCGCCAGCAUCGACUGCAACCCGAGAUAGGUCCAGCUACCCGGCUCCGUUGUCGGUUCCCUCAAAGGGGCUCAACCCGCGCGACACGGCAAGCUACUCCUUGGACGAGGAGGCCUCACCUUUGUCCGACCAAUCAAGGGCAAACAACACACAAUCGAGACUCUUCCUCGAUAACUCCAGCGACGAGGAAAGCCUCAGAGAAAGUUCUAGAGAACGCACGAAGCGGGACAGUCGCGGGUCGUUGAGGAGGAAGCGAGCAUAUUCCUCCGGCCUCCGUGACUUCACCGACCCGACGAAUCGCUUGAGCGUGCAAGAGCCUGUGGACACUGCUGAAGGAAUACCGGAUGGAUAUCCUGAGCGCAGCGCCCAAUCUUACUUGAUCGAUUCCAGCCCGGAGCCAUCAAGCCUGGAGGGCAUCGUCGACUUGAGGAACACUGAAGACGUCGCCUACCACACACGGCCAACCACCCGGGACGAUACAAUAGAACCCCGCCGAUUCACCGCCCGAGACUUCCCAGGUACAGAAGGUAACGAGGUGAGAUACACGACGAAGGACGGAUUUGAGAGGACAGAGACCACGUGGAUACACGCGCCGACCAUUGAGACUUACAUGCGUUCGCCGGGCGAACACGAAGGCGCAGACUCUGAGCCACAUGCGCAGGACCUCGCUGGUGGAGUUCGAGAUGCCCCAUUCGACGAAUGCGCCGAGUAUGAGGCGGCAAGCGAGAGGAUGAAAUCGCUCCACAUCAAAAGCGAUUCUGGUGUCGGAAGGAUGCGAGGCGAUUCUGAGUAG